CGUUGCAGAUCCAAUAUGGCGUCAGUUUCCUCGGGAGCAACUAGACUAUCCAUUCAGUCGGCUAAAACCAUGGCGUCCGGCAGUACGGGGAGCAGAGUGUCCUGCGGGAGAGAUUUGAAUUGUGUGUCGGAGGUAGCAGAUACGUUAGCCGCGGUCGCCAAACUUGGGUUUGACUUCCUCUGCAUGCCCCUGUUCCACUCGAGGUUCAGGAGAGAGUUUGUGUCGGAGCCCGCUAAAACCAGAGCCGGUGCCCAGACCCGAUCAGACCUGCUGUUGUGUGGAAGAGAUUGGAAUACUCUUAUUGUCGGGAAGCUCUCUCCAUGGAUCGACGCAGAUUCAGAAAUCGAGACAGAACGCAGAAACUCAGAGGCGGCUCUGGCACAGGAGCUAAACUUCUCAGCCUACCUGGGUCUGCCUGUCUUUAUGAUCCCUAUAAAGGGCCCUCAUAAUGCCAAUCUUGCUCGCCUGCUGCUAAACCACAUCCACACUGGACACCACACCUCAAAUUUCUGGAUUCGUGUCCCGCUGAUGGCUCCAGAGGACAUGCGCGAGGAUCUGAUUGAGAACGAACCGCAGACUUGCAUUGACGAUACAAGUGUGGAGGAGAAGACUUGGAGCUGGUGGCACUCAUUGAGAACCCUUUGUGAUUACAACAAGAGGAUCUGUCUCGCUAUUGAAGUUGGAGCUGACAUGCCAUCAGAAGCUGUGAUCGAUAAGUGGCUCGGGGAACCUAUCAAAGCAGCUGUACUUCCCACCAGCAUCUUUCUCACCAAUAAGAAGGGCUUCCCUGUGUUGUCAAAAGCCCAUCAGCGAAUCAUCUUCUCUCUCUUCAAGUUGGAGGCCCAGUUCAUCUUCACUGGAACCAGUCGCCACACUGAGAAGGACUUCCGAUCCUAUCUGCAGUACCUGGAAUACCUCAACCAGAACCGUCCUGCACCCAACGCCUACGAGCUCUUUGCCAAGGGUUACGAAGACUACCUGCAGUCUCCCCUCCAGCCACUCAUGGACAACUUGGAGUCUCAAACGUAUGAAGUGUUUGAAAAGGAUCCUAUAAAAUAUUCUCAGUACCAACAGGCUGUAUAUAAAUGUCUACUUGACAGAGUUCCAGAGGAGCAGAAAGACACUAAUGUUCAGGUGUUGAUGGUGUUGGGAGCCGGUAGGGGUCCACUGGUCAAUGCGUCGCUGCGUGCUGCCAGACAGGCAGACAGGAAGCUGAAGGUGUAUGCUGUGGAGAAAAAUCCCAAUGCUGUAAUCACCCUGGAGAACUGGCGCUUCGAGGAGUGGGGCGAUCAGGUGACAGUUGUGUCAUGUGACAUGCGGGAUUGGGCUGCACCUGAAAAAGCCGAUAUCAUCGUCAGCGAGCUGCUGGGAUCUUUUGGUGACAAUGAACUCUCCCCCGAGUGCUUGGACGGAGCGCAGCACUUCCUCAAAGAUGACGGAGUGAGCAUCCCGUGUUCCUACACCUCCUUCCUGGCUCCCCUCUCCUCCUCCAAGCUUUACAACGAAGUACGGGGUUGUCGGGAACGUGACAAGGACCCAGAGUGCCAUUUUGAGACGCCAUACGUGGUGCGCCUCCAUAACUUCCACCAGCUGGCUGAGCCCAAACCGUGCUUCACCUUCACACACCCCACAAAAGAAAUGAACAAUAACCGGUAUCAAUGCCUCAGGUUCUCAGUGGGAUGUAACUCAGUGCUCCACGGUUUUGCUGGUUACUUUGAGACCACGCUGUACAAAGAUGUCACUCUUAGUAUAAAACCAGAAACACAUUCACCUGGGAUGUUCUCCUGGUUCCCCAUCCUCUUCCCCCUCAAGCAACCCAUCUCCAUAUCCCGGGAUGAUUAUGUCACAGUGCGGUUCUGGCGCUGCAACAACGGGAAGAAGGUGUGGUAUGAGUGGGCCGUGACCGAGCCCUCCUGCUCUGCCAUCCACAAUCCAGCAGGACGCUCCUACACCAUCGGCCUGUGAAGACGACGCAUCAAAACACGCGUCGGCAGGAACACACACGUUACUGUAAGACCUGGUGGCAGUUAAAGUGAAGGUGGCUCUUUUUACAUACAGAGUGCAACCUGGGUUUUUAAAAAGCCCAGCGGUGGGCACUUUUGAGCUGGCAGUGAAAGGGUUAAUGGGAUAAACCAGAUAUCACGGUGUGUGUUUUUGAGAAGUCUGUUUCAGCAGACGUGGACUUUAUCCUGUACACGAAGUGUAUCGUUGCUGUGAGAGUUAAUGUCAAAUGCGCCACUGUUCCUUUCUUUUGUUUUUUACAGUCUGUUUUCUCCUUUUUUGUUCUGGUCGUCUUAGAAAAUUCACACUCAAUCCUACCGGACCUUUGCCUUGUCAAACACACAUUCCAUACGAUGCACUCACACACAUGAGAUGCCCCUCUCCUGACACAAAGUGGAUCAGAGGAAAGUUACGCAGUUCAGGUCACAUGCCCUACUGUUAAAAGGUUAUCUAAAUCAUACCUUCUGUUAUUCUGUUUCUGUAUGUUUGAACCAUGUCAAUAAAGACAACCCUGUAAUGUUA